CGCCCCCGCAGCCCCGGCCGCUGCUGGCCCGCUGGCUGCUGCCCGCUCAGCAGGGCGACUACAGCGAAUGCGACAGCUCCGGCGCGGGACAGACCGUCUGCGCCGAUAACUGCACCAAGGUGCUGCUUUGCAUGGGAGGUACUCUCGACCCUAUCGUUCUGGAGGAAUGCGAGGAGCCUCUGAAAUGCAACCAGCAACAGGGAGCCUGUGUGAAUGGCACGUCGUCCUGCGAGACGGUCACCUCGACCAUUCAGUGCAACGCCCUGGGCAUGUUUCCUGACCCGUACGACUGCACCGCCUAUCACAUCUGCCCUGCAGUUGGAGAAGAGUCUGUACGGGCAAAGUGUGAGAGUGGGUACGCCUACAAUCCCAAUACAACGUUGUGCAGCAAAAAGCUGACGGACGAUGUGUGCACUAACCUUCCGAUCGAAUGCACCGGACUGGGGGAGACCAACGUGUUCCCUGGUAACGCGAACAUAUACUACAUCUGCGUCGCUGACGAGGACGAAAACUUGUACCCCAGCUUGUACAGGUGUGAGCACGGUGGAGUUUACAAUCCGGACUCAUACACGUAA